AUGAAGUCAUGCCUUCUUUGGCUUGAACAUGGUGUGUUUCUCAGCACACUUUUGCUCAAGACAUCAUUGGUCCUCCACCUGAAGGGGUGCAGAGGCCUUUUUGGUGUCGAGUUCAAACGUGACCAACGUGGUCGAGUGGUCCAUAGUUGUCCUUCGGCCAUGAAGUCUGAUGAUCAAAGAUCCUCGGACAAGUCGGAUCGGCGGCUGUCGGUGACAAUCGACGACGGUCCGACCGAGAUCGUCAAGCCCAAGCUCUCCCAGGACAGUGUGGACGUGGCCAUCUUGUCCCGAACCACCAGCACCUUUCGUUUAGGCGCCGAGGGGGAGCCCAUCACCUCGCCGGGGUCUCAUCAGGCCUUUCCCUCCCCGAAGAGCGCCUUCUCAGAGUCCAGUUCACGCUCCAACCUGGAGAAGUUGAAGGUUCCAUGGGAUGCGCGUUCCGGAGCUUCCGUGAUCGAGUUCCACGACACAGCCCCCACCAAGGAUUAUACCAUGGAUGAAGAACUUGGAGUAGGGGGCUUCGGGACGGUCUACAAGGGCACCAGCAAGACCAACCAGAAGGCAGUGGCCAUCAAGAUCAUCGCUCGUGAGCGUUUGCACUCAGAGGAUAACUUCCAGGAUGAGUUGAAGGUGGCAAGGAAGCUGGCACAUCCCAACAUUGUCCGGCUACAUGCUUCCUAUCAGGACUCUGCGAGCUACUACCUGGUCAUGGAGUUUUGCCCUGGCGGGACUUUGUCCAAGUUCGUGGGCACCAAAACCAUGGCGAAAGAUGACAUCGGCCUUUGGACCGUUGGCCUGGACUCCGAUCUGUUUGCCCGCUAUGCUUGGCAAAUGCUCAGUGGGGCUGCCUACCUUCAUCACCACCGCAUCGCACACCGGGACAUUAAGCUCGAAAACUACAUGAGGAUGUCCGAGGACGAGGAGGCGGACCUGAAGCUGAUUGAUAUGGGCCUGGCUUGCAGGUUUAAAAACAAGAAGACCAUGGAGGACGUGGUGGGCACGGUCUUGACGAUGGCCCCCGAGGUGAGGUCGAAGAACUAUGAUGAGAAAGUGGACGUUUGGGGUAUCGGCAUGGUGCUGUACAUGUGCGCCGUGUGCAUGGAUCCUUGGUAUGACCCCAACGACUACAGUGCCAUGGAAGAGGAUCAGAUCCUCGCAGCGUUGGAUGAUCCCAAUCUGAAGCUGAAUUAUCAUGAAAAGCGCUGGGCUUUGAAACCCAAGGAGGUGAGGGACUUGGUGGAAUCCCUGCUGGUGGUCAAGCCAAAGGAUCGCCCACGAGCACGGGAGGUCAUGGCCACCAACAACUGGUACACCGGGCCUGACACCGGCCACGUGAAGACCGUGGUGCCGGGACAGGUGCUUUUUUGUGAUCCAGUGGUGCCUGCAUGCGUCUCUCCGGAGAUCAACAGCUGCAAAUCCCGAGCCUGUGGCCCAGCGCCAGCGCCAGCGCCUGCCGUGCUGGCCGCGAUGGAUGGGGAAGAGCUUCAUAUUCCGAAAGGCUGGAAGGUGCCCAUGGAGACUCCAGCUGCUCCGGCGGCCGCCCCGGCGGCCGGACAGGUGGAUCUCCAAUGA